CUUUGACACUGUGCAUAUCUCACCCCGCGUCAACAACACUAAAAUGGCAGACCACACGAUCAAGGGACUCCCCGCCCCGCCCACAAAGUACGACGGCUCGGCGCUGCGUAUCGGCAUUGUCCACGCCCGCUGGAACGACGUGGUCAUCAAGUCGCUCGUGGCCGGCACUGUCAACAAGCUCAAGGAGCAGGGUGUCAAGGAGGAGAACAUUGUGAUCAAGAGCGUGCCCGGAAGCUACGAGCUGCCGUUUGCGACGCAAAAGCUCAUCGCAGGCGGCAAGGCGCAGUCAGCCAAGGCCGAGCCGUCGCUCAUCGGCGCGACCAACCUCCUGGGCUCGCUCGUCGACGAGGUGCGCUCCGGCACGCCAGCGCCUGAGACCAAGGGCGCGACGCGCGAGUUUGACGCCGUCAUCGCCAUCGGCGUGCUCAUCAAGGGCUCGACCAUGCACUUCGAGUACAUCUCCGAGGCGGUCACGCACGGCCUCAUGCGCGUCCAGCUCGACACGGGCACGCCGGUUGUGUUUGGCGUGCUUACCGCCCUGACGGACGAGCAGGCGCUCGUGCGUGCUGGUAUUGGAAGCGACCCGCAGCAGAAGGGACACAACCACGGCGAGGACUGGGGCCUUGCUGCCGUUGAGCUCGCCGCGUCCGUCUCCGAGUGGGGCAAGGGCUCGAUCUAGAGUUGUGAUAGAGGGAUGUAUGUGUGAAGGAACA